GUGAAAGGUUUCUGUCAAAUCAAGUAUUUGGUGCUGCUAUACUGCUGACAUCCUCCCUCAACAUGCUAAUACCGUCUGCGGCCAGGGUGCACUAUGGGUGUGUCAUCUUUGUGAGGAUCUUGCAGGGCCUUGUAGAGGGGGUCACCUACCCUGCCUGCCACGGUAUUUGGAGCAAGUGGGCCCCCCCGUUAGAAAGAAGUAGGUUAGCAACCACUUCCUUUUGUGGUUCCUAUGCAGGAGCUGUUAUUGCAAUGCCUUUAGCUGGAAUUCUAGUGCAGUAUACGGGGUGGUCUUCUGUGUUCUAUGUGUAUGGGAGCUUUGGUAUAGUCUGGUACAUGUUCUGGCUUUUGGUUUCAUAUGAGAGUCCUGCAAAGCAUCCUACUAUCACAGAUGAAGAAAGAAGAUACAUAGAAGAAAGCAUUGGAGAGAGUGCCAACCUCCUAGGUGCAAUGGAGAAAUACAAAACUCCAUGGAGAAAAUUUUUUACAUCUAUGCCAGUCUAUGCAAUAAUUGUUGCAAACUUCUGUAGAAGCUGGACUUUUUACUUGCUGCUUAUUAGUCAGCCUGCUUACUUUGAGGAAGUGUUUGGAUUUGAAAUAAGCAAGGUGGGUAUCUUAUCUGCUGUGCCGCAUUUAGUGAUGACAAUUAUCGUUCCUAUUGGGGGACAAAUUGCAGACUUCUUAAGAAGCAAGCAGAUUCUUUCAACCACUACUGUGAGAAAGAUAAUGAACUGUGGAGGAUUUGGUAUGGAAGCAACUCUUCUUCUCGUGGUGGGGUAUUCUCACAGUAAAGGAGUGGCUAUUUCAUUCUUAGUGCUUGCUGUAGGCUUCAGUGGAUUUGCCAUAUCUGGAUUCAAUGUCAACCAUUUAGACAUUGCCCCAAGGUAUGCCAGCAUCUUAAUGGGGAUUUCUAAUGGAGUCGGGACCUUGUCUGGGAUGGUUUGCCCUAUAAUUGUUGGAGCAAUGACAAAGAAUAAGACACGUGAAGAGUGGCAGUAUGUCUUCCUCAUUGCUGCUUUGGUUCAUUAUGGAGGUGUUAUCUUCUAUGGCAUAUUUGCUUCAGGAGAGAAGCAACCCUGGGCAGACCCUGAACAGACGAGUGAAGAGAAAUGUGGCUUUAUUCAUGAAGAUGAACUUGCUGAAGAGACAGGGGACGUUACGCAGAAUUAUGUAAAUUAUGGUACCACCAAGUCUUAUGGUGCUACAACCCAGGUCAACGGUGGCUGGCCUAAUGGUUGGGAGAAAAAAGAGGAAUUUGUACAAGAGGAAGUACAAGACUCAUACAACUACAAGGAAGGAGAUUAUUCAUAACAAACCUAAAUAUUUGGUAUAUUUUGUAGUGUUUGUGAUUAAAUUCAUUGUGAUUGUUUGCACACAGAAAUAAAAUGUGGUAUAAACAUGUAAACACAUAUCAAACAGGAAGGUCUUACUGUAAAAAAAAAAAUCAAAGUGCAAUCUGUAUGAGUUGUGACAUGUCAUCACUUUCAUUAGGUUAUCUUUGUUCUAUAAACAUUAGAGUUUUAAGGGUUUACUGGUCAAAACUAUAGAGGCAAUUAGGUACUUACAGUAUACAAGAGCUAAAACUCAUAACUAAGGACUAAAGCACAACUAAGCAACCAAGCUGGCACAUCUAAGGCUCUUUUUAGAAAGCCAAAAUUACUUGAUCAUUAAAAAUGCACUUAUAUAUUUGUUACACUGUAUUGAAAGAGAUUGUGUUAAAUACACACGUUUACUCAGUGCAAUGUAGGAAUUGUGAGUCGAGGACAAGAGCUUUCCUAGAGAAGGAAGGUCGAGUCCUAGGCAGUUAGAGAGGACUGGUCCAGUUCUUUUAAUGGGAAUUGUAUCAAGCCUACAGAACAAAUAGGGCAUAGUGUAUGUUUAUCGUGAUUACAUGCUGCAGGCUGCUCUGUGAUGAAUAAAGGAAUUAUUUAGGAGUUUUAUACUGAAUGUUUGGGCACAAAUUCUUUUUCGUAUUCUUUACAGAAUCUUAUGAAAUUAUAGGCAUUGUCAUGUUCUUCCCUACGUUCAUCAACUAAUAUAAAAAUGAUAUAUAAUGUUACGUCUGACUUUUCAUGCAGACUGUCAAAUCCCUUUAUCAAAUCCCAGCUUUAUUAUUCUAUUCUUUACAGUAUAUUCCACCUU